AUGCGGGGUGCUCCAAUCAUUCUGCUCUACGCCGCUACCUUGGCGUCUGGUAUGGUCAUUACCCCCAGACACCCUGGCGAGGCUCACAUUGCUGUCCGCAAUGGUUCCGACCAUGACACCGGUAGUCCUUGGUGGGGCGGUGGCCAGGGAGAUCACGGCGAUGGUGGUGAAGGCGGCGGUGGUCUCCCAGAAGAGACCACUCCCCAUGAGGCUAAGACUCCGCCUGUUGAGACUCCCCCACCUGUCGAGACAGACACGCCUACUGUUCCUCCAGCUGUGACGCCCACCUCCACACCUGUUGAGACCCCCCCGGUUGAGACUUCUACUCCGUCUGAGACCGACACGCCUACUAUUCCCCCAGUCGUGACGCCCACCUCCACACCUGUUGAGACUCCUCCGCCGGUUGAGACUUCUACCCCGUCUGAGACUGACACAUCUACUGUUCCCCCGGUUGUAACGCCUACGUCGACCCCGGGUGAAACUGAUACUCCUACCCCGCACGCGGAGACCUCCACUCCAUGCGAGACCGACACACCUAUUAUUCCCCCGGUUGUGACACCUACCUCGACUCCAUGCGAGACUGAUACAACAACUCUGCCUCCUUCUACAACACCGACCUCAACUUCUCAUAUGACUGAUACUCCCACUUCUCCUCCGGGGAGUUCAACCCCAUGCGAGACUGAUACACCCACCUCUCCUCCUGCUAGCUCAACCCCAUGCGAGACUGACACCACAUCUUUGCCUCCAACUCUUCCUCCUUAUACAACGCCGACCUCAACUCCUCAUGUGACUGAUACUCCCACUUCUCCUCCGGGGAGUUCAACCCCAUGCGAGACUGAUACACCCACCUCUCCUCCUGCGAGCUCAACUCCCUGCGAGACCGACACUCCUACAUCGCCUCCUCCUAUCAGCACUACGACUGGCCAGACCGACACUCCCACCACGCCUCCUCCCGCUUCCACCACUCCCUAUGAGACCGAGACCCCCGUUGGCACUCCUCCGGUGAUCGUAACCACCACCUACACCACUACCACCUGCCCAAUAACCUGGACCACCGUAACAAGCGGCACGUCAACCUACACCCAUCCCGUGACCCAGACCAGCACGAUCACCGUGACGUCUAUUUCUACCUGCACUGAGGGUUGCGCUGAGCCCACAGCCCCUCCUGCGAAGCAUACGACUCCCACCGUUGAUUCCACAACUUCUGUCGUGGUGCCUCCUCCAGAUAGUAAGACUACUGUUCCAGCCACUGAGCCCAGCGCCCCGGCUACUGAGCCUACUAUCCCGGCCACGGAGCCCACUGCUCCAUCUACUGAGCCUACUGCCCCGGCACAGUCGAGCCCUAUUACUACUCCCACCUCCGCUCCCCCUACUUCCUCCUCGCCAGUUUUCAAUAGUGCUCCCGCUAUUCAGAAGUCGGCCGCAGCCUUCAUCCCUGGCUUGGUUCUGCUGUUUGCUCUGCUCUAA